ACUGGCCGACAUGGAGGAACUGCUGGAGACGGAAGCCGUGCUGAUUGCCAAUCUGGACAAUUACGUGCAGGCGCAGGAGGAGAAGCUGCUGCAGCUACGACGGAAGGUGCAAGAGUAUCGGCGCGAGCAUGCUGAAGCGGCCCGGGACGUCAGUGCGUACCUGUCGAACCCGGUCAAUGCGUUUCUGCUGACCAAACGGCUCACCACCGACUGGCGGUACGUCGAGAAUCUGAUGACGUACGAGGUGGGCAAAGAGUUCCUGGAGAACGUCACCAGCUUCCGGAGCGUGCUGAAGUUUCCGUCCGACGAGGAUCUGAACGGGGCGGCCGUGGCGCUGAUGCGUUUGCAGGAUACCUACAACCUGGACACGGCCAGCGUCGCCCGCGGCAUGCUCGACGGGGUACAGUACAGCACCGAGCUGGCGGCGGGCGACUGUUUCGAGCUCGGACGCCAAAGCUACCUGAACGGGGACUACUACCACACGGUGCUGUGGAUGCGCGAGGCGAUGGACCGGCUGACGCAGGAGGUCAACCGGACGGCCAUGAAGGAGGACGUGCUGGAGUAUUUGGCGUUUUCCACCUUCAAGCAGGGAAACAUUCAGACAGCGCUUUCGAUGACGGAGGAACUGCUGGAGCUGGUGCCGAAUCAUGAGCGAGCCGUCAGCAACAAGGCCUACUAUGUGAAGGAAUUGGAGAAAGAAGCGCAUCACAAAGUCUUGCGAGGCGACGACGGCAGCGCGGAAGUGCCAGUUGACGUCAACACGAUCUACAAGGGCGACAGCAGUCCACACGUAUACGACCGAACCGAGCGGAAGCUGUACGAGCAGCUGUGCCGAGGUGAGCAACAGCUACCGAUCGAGCUCCGAUCGAAGCUCGUCUGCCGCUACGCCACCAACCGUUCGGCGUUUUUGCGGAUCGCACCGCUCAAGCUAGAGGAGGCAUAUUUGCGCCCGUACAUAGUGAUCUAUCACGAGGUGAUGUCGGACUGGGAGAUCGAGCGCAUCAAGCAGUACGCCCGGCCCCGGUUCCGGCGGGCCACGGUUCAGAACUACAAGACGGGUGAACUUGAGUUCGCCACCUAUCGUAUCAGCAAGUCGGCCUGGUUGAAGGACAGCGAGGACGAAAUGAUCCGGGCGAUCAGCUUGCGGGUGGAGGACAUGACCGGGCUAACGAUGGAGACGGCCGAGGAGCUGCAGGUGGUAAACUAUGGCAUCGGUGGCCACUACGAGCCGCACUUUGAUUUUGCGCGCCGCGAAGAGCGGAACGCAUUCAAGAGUCUCGGUACCGGCAACCGGAUUGCGACCGUACUGUUUUACAUGAGCAACGUGACGCAGGGUGGUGCCACGGUGUUUCCCUCGUUGCAUAUGGCCCUCUGGCCACGGAAGGGUACGGCCGCUUUCUGGUUCAAUCUACAUGCUUCGGGUUACGGUGAUUACUCAACGCGCCAUGCAGCUUGCCCGGUUCUCACCGGUACCAAAUGGGUUUCCAACAAAUGGAUUCACGAACGAGGUCAGGAGUUUCUUCGACCGUGCGAAUUGCUUCCGGACCAUCCGGCGGACAGGGUUGAGUAGUGUGUUCGUCGAUUAUGACGCUACUAUUGACCCGUUAUCUACUCAUCUACACUUAAGUCAAACCGCACACCCAUCAGGACUGUGUCGCCAUUCUAAUUGCCAUCGUAACUGUUUGCCAUUACUUACCGUUAACAUGUAUUCUUUUUAGCUCGUAGCAUACCCCUGAUAAGUUACUGCCAUGUCGCCGUUUUUCCUACUUUAUGGUAGGUUUAUAAACUGGUGUGACGAACGGGUGAACAUAACAUACGUACAAUAUAAUUACCCACGGGGUGCAGUCGAAAGAGGCCAAAAACCAAACGAAUCUUGCAAACAAAUCUCUCUAGCUGUUACGCCAUUAUACAAAAUACUCUGCCUCAUUCGUUUUUUUUUCUUCUGCUUUUUGUAAUUGCGUUCCAGCACUUUUUGCGCGAUAAAUCUUAACGUAAUUUUAGUAAAUCUACAGUUAUUCGUGUACUGAAUUCCAUUAUCGAUCGGCUGGAAACUUUUUCUGCGUUUGCGGACCACUCGAGAAGUUCGUUUCGAUUUACAACCGAAAUAACGACUACGUCGUUCAACUCGCCAGUUAAAGUGACGCACCGGGAAAACUGCAACUGAAAAACAAAUCGUGAAAAAAGCAAUUUAAAUGCUUCGUACUGAGGCAAACAGAUGUAAACGCAAAAAUUGUGCAUCGAAACACCAAAAAUUUUAACUAGUUCAUUGAACAAAGUAAAAUCAAAACUCACCGCGGGCGAUGGGAGGAGUACACGCUCGCUCACUGCAUGAUUACAAUUCUACGAUUUGAGGCGUUACCAAAAAUAUACAUAAAUAUAUACAUAUACACAUAUACGGUUUAAAACGGGCUGGUUCAAAAGUAUUUAACAGAAUAAAAAUAGAGACCAGUUGGAGGCGGUGAGAGGGAAUUGGGAAAAAUAAAAUGGUUGUCCUCUCGACUAGUUAGGCUUGUCUCUCACAUGGGAAAGCGAACAAUAAGAACGUGCUAGUCUAGUGCGUGCUAGCUAGCAGCACAGCUGAACUGCCCACGAUGGGGAAAUAGAUCAUUUGUACGCAAAACAUGGU